ACUGCACCAGUAGGGAGGGAAAAGUUCCCGACCAGACGAACGAAAGAUGCGGAAGCGGAUGAAGAAGUGGAAUCUGAAAACAAUGGCGGUAGAAUCAAGGACAAUUUGAGAAUUGUCAAAAAGAAUGGAAACCAGAGUAAAGUAGUGUACAGGGAUGAGAAUGACCAUUCGUAUCUAGGAGGAGUACGGUUUGUUAAAUGAGGAGCAGUUGAGCAUAGUACCAAUCUUGAAGAAACCAUUUGAGUUAUCCAAACUGUUGGAGAGAGUGCUGGGUAAAGUGAGGAGGCAGUCUUGUUUCGAUUUGUUUGUGCUUCUUCGGAUCAGAAGGGACGUGCGUUGUCUUAACCGAUUUGAUAAGUUUUAAGUCUCGUGUGUGUCUCUUCGGAACAGGGCAUCCCUCAAGGGGGUUAUGUCUGGUGGGAAGUCGAUUUUGAGGAGAUAUUUCUGGCUUGAUAGAAACACGUCGGAUGACUCGUGUGGUGAAUGGUGAAAAAGUGAAGUCUAACCGUUCUGUUCUUAUCUUUUAUUAUAUGGAGUCUCUCCCUACUCAAGUGCAGUUAGGGUAUAUCAACUAUAGAGUCAGAGCAUUUAUACCAAGACCAAUACAGUGUGAUCAUUGUGUAAAGCUUUUGGUCAUGUAGCAAGUGUUUGCAGAAGGGAGAAGCCGAGAUGUCCAAGUUGUGGAAAGAAUAAUAUUAUGUGUUAUAAAAGUGAUGAAUGUGACAUGUUGCAAUUUCGGAGGGAACCAUGAAGCCACGUCUUCCUAAUGCCCCACGAGGGUGAAAGAGAAUGAGGUGGCCAAAGUCAGGGUUGUACAGAGCAUUUCAUAUGUAGCAACUGUGAACAUGUUUUGAAUGGUAGUGGAUAAGUCCUACACUGCAGGCUGCAGGGGUCGCCUUUCAUCAGCAGGAUCCUGACAUGUUGAAGGUUAAGAAGGUGGACUGAAAGAUUUAUCAGCGAAGGAGUUAUAUCGAAUAUUGGCACAAGCCCUUACCACCCUCUCAGGGAGAAACUUCUUUCAGUUAUCCCUGUUUGUUUUGGCAAUGUAGAAUUGUAUUCGGGUGGAUUAAGUUAGUUUCACUAUUACGUAUGGAUUCAUUUAUUUGAUUUGGUUUCAAACCGUCCAGUUGGUGGCGGCAAUACACCUUUUGGGGUGUAGUUCGCCAUAAAGCCCACAGAAGUGCGCAUGCUCAACACUUGGCUUGGGUUUGUUUUUGGUCGGCAGCAUGGUUUCUACUGUAGCCGGUAUGGCAGCGAUGUAUGUUGCUCCAUGAGGCAGUGAAGGAGAGCCUUUCAUUCGCACUGAGUGAGAGGGAACAAGCAAAGGCCAUGGCGGGGGUAUUCGACAUUGAUUUGGAUCAGCAGGACGAAAAUGUGUCUGAGGACGAACUCGAGGAUGGAAUCCAAAUGAGCGAGUAUGGGCGGCAAUGCAGCGGGUUUGAAUUUAACAUGGAUGACUGUGAAAAGUUUGAAAUCUCUGAAGACAGCGUCAACAAAGGAAUGGAGCAGAUUCGUCCGGAAUGCUUUGAGUUGCUCCGAGUUUUAGGAAAAGGAGGCUAUGGAAAAGUUUUUCAAGUUCGUAAGAUGUCGGGUGCCACUUCGGGAAAGAUCUUCGCUAUGAAGGUCUUGAAGAAGGCCAUGAUAGUGCGUAACGCUAAGGACACAGCUCACACCAAGGCAGAGAGGAACAUCCUGGAGGAGGUGAAGCACCCGUUCAUAGUGGACCUCAUCUAUGCCUUCCAGACAGGGGGCAAGCUGUACCUCAUCCUGGAGUACCUUUCUGGCGGGGAGCUGUUUAUGCAAUUGGAAAGAGAGGGGAUCUUUAUGGAGGACACAGCGUGCUUCUAUCUGGCAGAGAUUUCCAUGGCUUUGGGACACCUGCAUCUGAAAGGCAUCAUCUACAGAGACCUGAAGCCAGAGAACAUCAUGCUCAGCAACAACGGUCACGUCAAGCUCACAGACUUUGGCCUGUGUAAAGAAUCAAUCCAUGACGGCACUGUUACUCACACCUUCUGUGGCACCAUAGAAUACAUGGCCCCAGAGAUCCUGAUGAGGAGUGGACACAACCGGGCUGUAGACUGGUGGAGCCUGGGAGCUCUCAUGUAUGACAUGCUGACAGGAGCACCACCAUUCACUGGGGAAAACAGGAAGAAGACCAUUGACAAAAUCUUAAAGUGCAAACUGAACCUGCCACCUUACCUCACACAAGAAGCUAGGGAUCUUCUGAAAAAGCUGCUGAAACGCAAUGCCUCGUUACGGCUGGGGGCAGGCCCAGGAGACUCCUCAGAAAUCCAGAGCCACCUGUUCUUCAGGCAUAUUAAUUGGGAUGAUCUUCUCGCUCGCAAAGUGGAGCCUCCAUUCAAGCCUUUUCUGCAAUCAGCUGAUGAUGUGAGCCAGUUUGACUCCAAGUUCACUAGCCAGACUCCCGUGGACAGCCCUGAUGACUCCACGCUCAGCGAAAGUGCCAAUCAAGUCUUCCUGGGUUUUACGUAUGUAGCCCCCUCCGUCCUCGAAAACAUCAAGGAGAAAUUCCCCUUUGAGCCAAAAGUCAGCUCACCAAGGUUUCUGGGAAACCCAAGAACACCAGUGAGCCCAGUGAAGUUUGCUGUGGGGGACUGCUGGCCCCGGGCCCUCACCCAGGCUGGAACCUCGUCCCUUGGGGGUUUUGGGUCUGGAGACCAGCCCAUGGAGGUUGGUGUGGAGCAGAGGGCCAUUUCCUCCAACGAGGUGUCUGCCCCCCUGCCUAUCAGAAAGCCCUCUGGCAACACCACCACAGGCGGCCCCUUCAAGAAGCAGGCCUACCCCUACCCCAUCUCCAAACGGCCCAAGCACCUCCAGAUGAAUCUAUGACACUGCUCCAUCUAGAACUUCUCUUUCCUAAAUCCUCCAUUCACUUAUUUUUUUCUUUUAAGAGACUUAUAGAAAUUAAAUAAAUGACUGACGAACCGUCGGCACCAUUCACCAGCUCCUUCAGAUGCACCUUCCAUCCCUGCCUCCUUCCUUUCCUUCCAUCCCUGCCUCCCUCCUUUCCUUCCAUCCCUGCUUGCCCCUCUCUCCCUGGUUGGGCAGCUUGGCAGCCACACAGGGCUUUCCACCCUAGCAGAUAUGACAAACUAUAGGAGCCUCCUGUUAGGGAGAGGAGGAACUAGGGAGAGAACUCCCUCCCACCAAUUAGAGCUUUAGUCAGACAGCAAGAGGUCUUGACUACUUCCUUCAGCCCUGUAGAGUAUAUCUGGAGGAAGAGAUGAGAGCAGUGCUGCUAGAUGCUGCUGUCAGAUUCCGGUGUGCUCCACUGGGCUGGCUUCUCAUGACACGCUGGUGCUUUGUACUUUAGGUGAGUGGGGACAGUGUUACUCCUGAUGCAGCAGUGCUUUCCCUCACCAGGAGUGAGACGUUAUUGAUCAAUGAAACUGGGUAAUAGACUUUUAAAGCCUGAGGGUGGAGAUGAUUCCCCCUUAAAUGCCUCUACUUCAUUUUUAGAACUUGCUGACGAGGGGUUACAGGAUCCAUUGUAGCUGAAUACAGUAGAUGGAGUCAAUCACAGUGACACAAUGUACACAGAACACAAUAUUCACUGUAGACUUAGUUAUCCUGCUAUAGUGUAUUACAUUGUUCAAUUUAUAUAAAAUAUGGAAUCAACAAUGCCUUUGUCUGCUUUGUCACUUGAACAUCCCAUCAGGAUAAAUCUUGUAGAAUAUGUCUGGGCCGUGUUCUGUAUGUAGAAAACGUAUUGACACUGAGUGAAACAGGAAGGUACAACCUGAACUCGUCCAAUGAGAACAUCAAUUUCCCUGAUCCCUACUUAACAUAACCCUGAGCCACGUUCAGUUGCCAAACGUUGUUGUAUGUUGCCGAUAGAAAUGGCAUGAAUAAAGCUGACAUGAUUCCUUGUUCUGCAUAUCACAUUUAUACCUGAACGUUGUGUUCUGCUGAACACGCCCCACGUGUGGUGUCAUUGAUGGAGGGGCAGCUAAAAACACAGAAAAACACGAUGUGUACUAUUUCAGCUGAAUGCAUCACCUCCUGCCCCACUUAUCCUACAAUACCAAAUGCUGACACUGCUUUACCAGUCUGACUGGAUCUCUAGGUAGAUGGAAAACCUUUAUGUAUGUAGUAUGUUUUUGCGUUGAAUGUAAACUGACUCGAUGCCUUUUCGAGUGUCACUUACUCAGAUGACCCACAAGUUGUCCACGAUUAUGAUGCAUGCAGGUUUAUUAUAAUAUUAUGGACCUAUUUUUUUUUUGCGUGCGUCUGCCAAUUUGUGAUGGUCAGAGACCAACCGAGAGCUUGUCUUUUUUUAUUUUUAUUGAAAGAAGCAAAGCAUUGAGGCCAAAUUCUCAUCACCACUGCCUUUUAGUGUUUAGCUAAUCGCCAGGUUGCAUUUUUCUAAUAAUGUACCUGGCUAGGUGCUUCAUAGAUGCCUCCCUCAGUCUUUAUGCAGUCUUGGUGAUAUCAGUAGGGCUAGUACCUCUGAUUCCAUUUUAACUAGGGAUUGUUAGAAAUAUGGUGUGACUUGAAGCUUAUGUAUGCAUGUAUGUGGUCUUUAACUGUCUUAGCCUCUGGAGAAAAGCCAUUUGAUCCUCCUCUUCCCCAAACAGGAACAUUUGUCACAUUAAUAAUCAUCCAAUCAUAAGGUUCUGUCUAGAUGAAGGCAGCAUGCUUCCUGAGACCUUAACGUGAAGUUAUUCCUUUCUGUCUGGAGAUGUAACAAUAUUUGCUCCAGUGAGUUUAGGUACUGUAGUUUCCCCCCACCAUGGAGCUAUCAGAUUCACAUGACCAAGAUAACUAUCAUGUUUAAGUGUGUGAUUUGAUAAACUUGAAAAUAUGCCUCAUUCAAUAAGCAAACAAUUGUACUAUUCUGUAUAUUUUUGAACCAGGCAGUAUUAUUUGGGUCGUUCUGUGGAAUCUGUUAGGCUUACAUUAUGACUGAUCGGUGUGUGUCCCUCUACAAACCUAAGUCCUGUUCAAUUCAAUUUAAUGUGUAUCCUGACAAAGGAUUUCCUAUUCCAAGAAUGAGGUUUAUUAAAAUAUACAUUUUCACCCCCCUGUCUGCUUGUCAGUGAAGGAAUGGACAAAUUGCUUUGGCUUCAGGUUCCAUUGGAGAGGAUGUUUGGUGUGCUUCAGAGCAAAUUUCACCCCCACAGUGACCAUGGCUUACCUUUUUCAAUAUAUUUAUAAUCCAACUUCUGUUUUAUUAUUUAUAAGUGCCAUUAUAUAUUUUUUUCCACUGCAUCAGUCACACUAUGCAAACAAUGUAUUUAUUGUAUAUUCAGUUUUAAGGUCAGGCACACAUGGAUCUUUUGUAAAUUGCUGCAUUAUGUUUCAAAAAUGUCUUUAAGUAUAUGUUUUUUCCAAUGAAUCUCUUUUGAGAAACCUCAAAAUGCAGCAGUUUGUUCUUUAGUUUGGAAUAAAGAAUGUCUUAAUAUGUAAGGUGCAAAAUACAAUCCUAUUGUACAAGGGACAAGUUUAGAAAGUAACUUUUUGAUCAUCUUGUACCGGCUUCUUUAAUUCUGAAAACUUGAUAUUUAAUAUGAUGCCUGUUGAAACAGGGGCAGUUUAGGUGUGUAUGAUGAAAAAUAGUCACUGAUGCAAAAACUAAUGGGGGGUUGGGGAUGUGCCUUUCUUGAAGAAAUUGCAUGUAUUUUCAGAUGUGUAUGGAAUGUUAAAGAGGAAGAUGAUUGGACCAUAUGUUUCUAUCUCUAGUGGUAUAGGGUCUUUGAAUGAUGAAGUGGUUUUCUGUGCUGCUCUAACCUGUUGAUACUGAAAUUAUCUGAACGAUACUGAUGUGAGUGAUUUCUCUCAAGUGGUUUUGGAGUUUGAGGACCUUUUUAUAGUUGUGUUCAACGGAAACAAAAUGAGUGAGCCUUUGGGAACAUGAAUAUGAUUGAUCUACUCAUUAGAAGACUGCUGCAAACAGUUUAUCAGAAUCAAUAAUUUACCCCUAUAUUUAUUCCUAGACAUUUCAGGGGGGUUGGAUGUUGUGUAACAUGUAAGUGGAUGGAUGUGAACAAAAUAAAAAGCAUUACCGAGUUGAA